UGGACCUUCGGGGGGCCGCGCCAAUGUUCCGUGGCAGCAUGGAGGCACCAUUGGCGACUUCCUGAAGGGCCCAAGCUUCGCUUUCAAAAUGAAGUUCUUGGCGCUGUUGGCCCUGGUGGGUCAGUUUCCCACCCAUGGCCAUCAAUUGCGCUGGUCGGCCGCAAUUACCCCAGAGAUGAGAGCGGUGUCCAUUCCUUUGAAGCGGACGUCAGCUUCGCCAACUCUGCAUCAUAGGAAGGGCCUUGGACUGUUGAGCGUUCAGGAGAUCCAAGGGCACAGUGAGGCCAGUCUGGUGUCGCAGAUGCGCGCCCAGGCUCAGCAGCUGCAUGCGCUGCAAUACUAUGGUGAAAUCCAGGUCGGAACUCCACCGCAAAGUUUCGCGGUGAUCUUUGAUACGGGCAGCGGCCAGCUAAUGCUCCCAUCUGACAGAUGUGACAGCGAGGCUUGCCAGAAACAUCGUGCAUUCCACCAGAAGAACAGUAGCACCGCUGUCCCGAUUGGUUGGGCAGAUGAUCCACUGACCAGAGCAGCCAGCGAUAGUGACAGGGACACAACGGUAGUGAACUUUGCCGCAGGUGAGGCAGUGGGACAGUUUGUUCGAGAUCGCGUUUGUUUGGGCCGUGCUUGCGCUGUCGCCAACUUCGUGGAGAUGACCGAAGAGUCGGAUCAACCCUUUGGUGCUGCCGAGUGGGAUGGUGUCUUGGGUCUGGCACAGUCCUUGAGCGACCACAUGGAGUUCAACAUCAUGCAGAAACUUUUGGAAGGAGACAAGUCUGGUGUCUUAAAGAAGCCCGUCUUUGCCGUGUAUCUUGGGCGAAAGAUCGAAGAUGACGCUGAGAUUACCUUCGGCGACUUCCGCUCCGAACGCAUGGCGUCAAGCCUCCACUGGGUGAACGUCUCGCAAGAAGGCUACUGGCAGUUUCAAUUCGAUGACCUCACCAUCGAUGGAAAAAGGACUGGAACCUGUGAGAAAUACGGUCCUCGGAAAUGUCAGGGUGUACUGGACACAGGCAGCUCCUUAAUGAUGGGGCCUCGCCAUGACUUGGAUGCCCUGCUUUCGCGACUCAACUUUCAGGAGGCUACGCAAAGAUCGUGCUCCGAAAACACAAAAUUUCCAAAGUUGGGAUUCUUGAUUGGCGAGCAGCUCUUUGAAAUGGAUGCUGAUGACUACAUCGACUGUCCGAAAGUUGGAGACUGUUGGGCUCAUUUGAUGCCGGUGGGUGACACUGGCCGAGGAGCCAUCUUUGUACUGGGCAUGCCUUUCUUGAGAGCCUUCUACACGGUCUACGACAUGAAGGCAAAACAAGUGGGCAUUGCAAAGGCAAGACACGUUUCGUCGAAGAAGGGAGCUGACAUGGCAGCUGUGAAGCUGGUAUCACUUCGCCCUGCUGGUGACGAUUUGGGGAAGGAUCAGCGGCGUUUGUCCAAUGAUGGCAGGAAGUGAGAUAUAGGGGUUUCUUAAAAAGGGGUAUCCCCAAAAACCGUUCAUAUUUUGGAUGAUUGCUUGAUUAAUUCUGGAU